AUGGAUUUCCAGGAAGAGGAGAGGUUGUGGACGGAGCUGAUUGACAAGUAUGAAGGAGUGGAUGCCAAUUGGAGGGCAGACAUUGUGGGGCGGGCUUAUGGCAACAGAGGCAAUGCGCGGACGCGGCAAGGAAAGAUGGACGCAGCCCUGAUUGACUACAAUAAGGCCAUUGCCAUUUGUCCUUGGAGCGUCGACCCCGUAUUAAACAGGGGAGUGCUUUAUGAGAACACCGGUCGCUAUGACGAGGCCCUCACGGAUUACAGGACAGUGCUGGAUGCGGCGCCGAACGAUCCUUCCGGGUGGAACAACAUGGGGAAUGUGAGCUUGGCUAUGGGGAAGUGGGACGAAGCUGCAAACUACUACCAGCGCGCAGUGCAGCUUGCGCCAGCAUUCAGCUUUGCCGCCGCAAACCGCACUCUAGCACUGUAUGCUGGCGGGAAGACCAACGAGGCAAUGAGGGAGAUGCGGACGCUGCUGCGGAGGUAUCCAGACUUCACGGAUCCGCGUGCAGCACUGGCGGCUGCAGAGUGGGAGCUGGGGCAGAUUGAGAGGGCAGAAGGUGACUGGAACAGGGUGGAUGACCCCCGCUAUGCUGACCGGCAGUGGUUAAGGCAGACCCGGAGGUGGCCUGCGCGCCUGUGCGAUGCCCUGGAAGCCUUCCUGGAUGUCAGAUCAACAGGAAAGGCCGCUCCGGCCAUCUCAUGA